AUGGACAUUUUAUCAACAGGUUCGAAGAAGGACAGAAAGAACGCCAGAGAUGGUGCAGUUAGCGCCGCGGUGACGAAACUCGCCGCGGGCAAGUUUGCAAACAGUAGUCCUUCAAAGAGUCCUCCGUCGGAUGCAUCGUCGCCCCCCGUAAACUCACCCGAUAUCAGACCUAUCGCUCAAGGCCCGUCGCCCUACGAUGGGCACCCCACUGUUUCGCCGACCUUGGAUGCUCUUUCCACGACCUCGGUCUCAGCGAGCACUGCAGCAAGCACAAAUCACGAAUGGGCAAGAGGAGGUCUCGCUGGUUCUCCAGGCAACUUGAUCAGCCUCAUGGGCGAAUCUCCGCCAACCCAGCCGUCUUCCUACGAGGAUUCUAGCCGCCUCCACCACGGAUGGGCCGUCCAGCGCCAGUCCCUGACUCCCCAGACGGCGUCUCCUUCCCCUCCGAGCAGCAUGCCCAACCAUAUGAAGCGCCCCCUCAGCUUCCAAAUGGAUGCUCAGUAUCCACUCGAAGCCUAUCAUCAACCGGCGGCAGCUGCAGCCUACCGCCGCAGCUCCAUGCAAUCGCAGCUGUCCCACGCCAGAGUUGGCUCGCUUCCCCCGCUUCCCCACCAGGUACAGCCGCAUUUUUAUGGCGCUCCGGACCUCGAUCUCGACAUGGCUACCAAAGCUGGAAUGAAGGCUGGCGACAAGGGCUACCACUUUGGCUUCGAUACUCUGCCGUCUCCCCACACCGAGUUCCUUCCGGGAUCGGACAACGUUGCGCUGGCGGGGUACGAGGGUGGCCUAGAAGUCUAUUCGGUCAAUAAGCGCGGCCUUGACCGUGUCGCCGGUCUCAAGGGACUUAGAGGUGGUGUCUACAACGCCAAGAUCUUGCCUUGGUCGACCCCGGGCGACAAGACAGAUGCUUUCCCGCUAGUUGCCGUCGUCGUUCACGGUCCGGUUCUACCACAGGCAUCGCCAGAAAUCGCUAUACAGACAGCAAACGAGACGAUAGCAGAAGAACGGGUCGAAACUCCCGGUAGUCCUCGCGCAGACGGCAGUCAGAAAGGGGGUCCAUCUGGACGUUUCACGCCAUCCAUCGAGUUCUACCAGACGUCCGUAGAGCUCUACUCCCUCAAGUCGGGCAAGCUUAUCGACGUGCUUCUCCAAGCUCCUAAAGUGCCGCUCUCAACCCCAGUCACCAGCCCCAUCUUCAAAGCACCGCCUCCGACAGGCGCUUUCACGAUCAAAGCUGAUGCUGGCAACAUCGUCGUGGCUUCAGGUGCUAGUGGAGAAUGCUGGAUCUACCGCCAGAUCGUGGACAGUGUCGAUGGUCCUGUUCGUGUUGGCUGUGUUGGCAAGAUCUGGACCAGUCUUCAGCAACUUCCUAGAGGUGAGGUUUCCGAGGAUGCGGAGCGACGUCACUCACCAGCGCCACCGCGUCCUAAUCCUCAGACUCCGAUAUUAUCGCUCAACGGAAAAUGGAUCGCCUACUGCCCGCCGGCCGCAUCUUCGCAGAUUGCCCUCCGUGCACACGUCCCGGUUCCCAUCUUCGGCAAAGCCCCUGGCAUCUCUUCGGUCACCUCGCCUGUGCUACCCGGUGUUACCGGAUCGGUUGAUUCUCCCAUGUCGGAAAGCAUGGUGAACAAGAUCAUGCGCGAGACCACGCAAGAACUGAUUUCUGGUGCGAAAUGGGUUGGCCAACAAGGCUUAUCGGCAUGGAACUCGUACUGGAACAAGAACGCCAACCAGACGCCUCCUCAGCAAUCACGGUCGCCACCAAUGGCUGCGCAGCAGUGGACUGGCUCUUAUCCUCCUCGCCAUGAUUCGACUCAAUUUCCCCCUACCCAUGGCACUCCUGGGCAGGCCGUCACCAAAGACCCUGGACUGGUGUCUAUUCUCGACAUGGACAACUUGCCGACAUCAGCUACGUUGCAUCCUCUGAUCACAUUUACGUCUCCUCUUGGUUGCAGCUUCUUGUCCUUCUCGCCUACUGGGUUGUCCCUGUUCACGGCAAGCGGAAAGGGUGAUGUGCAGACCGUUUGGGAUCUGAUGUGCAUUCAGUACACGAAGUCAUCCCCUCUCCAGGUAUCGGCUUCCAACAACGCUAUGGGCCCACGAGUUCGCCAAAUCGCCCAGUUCUCUCGAAUGACGGUGGCUCGGAUCGUCGAUGUCGCUUGGUCGAAGCCCAACGGAGAGCGAAUCGCUAUGGUCACUGAGAGAGGCACUGUUCAUCUCCUCGACAUGCCGUCGAGCGCGUUCACUUGGCCUCCACCUCGCCGCCGUAAAGCAACGGAAGAGAACGGAGCCCCCGCGUCUGAUGCGCCCAGCUCCGCCGUCUCUAUCGCAUCCAGCGCCUUUGGUGCUGCCUACCACGCCGCCAGACCUUUGAUCACUCGGCCGCGUAAGGGCAGCGCGAAUGCACAAGGUCUGGCCGGGGGAAACUUUGUUGACUCUGCGAGUGUUGGUGGAAGAGCUAUUGCUGCAAGCAUCAGCCACUCUCUCGGCAAGACCGGUGUCGCCAUCAACCAGUUGCGCCACACUGGAGAAAACCGUGUAUCUCUGCCGCAGAGCCACUCACUUCCGACAGCCUCAUGCGUCGUAUGGAUCACCGGUAGAAAGUACCACACCCUGUACGUCGUAGGCGACGGCCUCGUCCGGUCUUACCCGUCUAAGACUCGUCGCCCGGCGAGCACUCCCAACAAGCAGCGAACGCCACGAGGUCUCCGAUAUAAGGAUUUCAAGAUACCUGCGCUGCCAGAUGAUGGUUUCGCCCCCGCAGUUCGGCAGUUCAUCGACUCCGAUGAGUACCUGGACUUGUCCGACCGAGAGAUGGACGCCGGCAACACCUUGACUCUCGACCCUCGUGCCAGGCCUCUCCACGUUGAUCUGAGCGCCGAGGCGUCCAUCCCUCAGGCUGAGAUCGAAUCCAGCGCACCGUACCAGCCAUUCCAUACGGACAGGCGCGUGUCACUCUUUGAAUACGGCGGGCAAGCUGCCGCUCAAACGCCGUCGCUGGCCGCGCUCAUGGGAGAAACCAACUUGGAGGAGCGCCUUACGCCCAAGCAGAAGAAGCGUCAGCAGCGAUUCCAAGCUCAAGAUGUGCCUGUGGAAUCCAAUCUAUCGCAGGCCUGGGCUUUUGGCCAGCCACUCAACACCGUGAGGCUAGACCUUGGAAAUCACACGGUCUCAGAAGAUGAAUUCAACAUUUCGGAUGAUCACCGCGCGCUUCCACUGUCUUCGAUGGAGAGAGUUAUGCACCGUGGGGAGAACGGCGACGAAAUCGUCGUCACGACUCGUAGGCGGCGCGGAGCUCGCCAUGCGGAGGACGAGGACGGGUUUUUCGAGGAUGACUGUGAGGUACUCGACUUCGCUGAUCAGAGGGUUUGA